AUGAAAAAUUAAAAUUUAAGUAAAUAUGUAAGUGACAUAAGAUUUGAUCAAACGUAAUCAUCUCCUGAGAAGGAUAAUUCUGAGGGAAUAAUUUCAACUUUUAAGUGCGAAAUCAGCCGACUAAAUAAAUUAGUAAUGGAAAUUUUCAUAUUAAAGGUUUCAUAGUUAAGAUUAGAGAUUAGUAAUUCGAAGACAAGAGAGGUGGAUGAAAAUUGGUUAAGGUAGCAACUCAAUAAGUAAGAAUUGUAAAAACAAGGAAAAAUAUUAAGUCAUUAAUAUGAAUCAAAUGAAUUAACAGAUUUUUGA